AUGGAUGCCGCCUCCACGCUGAGCGGGCCGGCCACAUCCCAAGACUCAUCGGCGUUCCCUUCGUUUGCCUCGACGGCCGCUGCACCACCGUCCGCCUCGCCGUCCGCCAAGCCUUCGAAUACCUCGACAGCGCCUGCCAUGCCUGCCCACCACGAGGUCUCGAAAACCGUCCAGACCAAGGUGCUAGAUCCUUUCGCUGCCCUCGGACAGCUCUCGUACGCCCCUACGACCCAGACAACCGUUGUCACGACUACAACAACAACAACAACGUCCUUUCCCCCCUUGAUUCUCAACGCCCCUCGCCACCUCCGUGAGCGUGACCCCAAACAAUACCCCUUGGCCGCCUCUCCCACGCCGCACGCAAUAAGGGACUUUAGCUUCAGUAUCGGAGGGAGGCAGGCUCGCUUCCGUGAGGCAGACGAUGCCCAGAGCACUCUCGACGAGUAUAACCAUUACUAUGCAGCUUUGCAAUCCGCCAACGGCACCUUGUCGGCAUCGCAGGCCUCGGAAUCGAAACUCGACAAUCCAAGCCAAGCAGCGAAGAAGAAGGCCAUCACCGACGCACCGGAAUCCCCUGCUUGCAACCCCAAGAAGCGAUCUGCAUCGCCUGUCUCUAUCGCCGCAGCAGCUGAGCUAGCCAGUUUGUCCCGCCGCAAGAGACCACGCCAAAACGUGCCUCGGUCCGCUGCUGGCUCAGCGGAUGUUCCCCCUCUUACCCGCAAUAAUUCCUCCCAGGCAGCACGUUGCCUCGAUACAACAGCACCCGCUACACCGGACACUGAUACGGGUAGCUCGGGUCAGUUGAAGAUACCCAAGGUACGGGCAAAUCUGAGAAGACCUGGCUCAAGAGCAGGAACAAUGCGGGACCACGCCGUUCAGCGAUUAUCAAGCUUGCAAAACAUGUCGGAAGAGUGGCGGUCGCAGAACAGAGAUUCGGGAUCUCGCACAUCGAACGAUGCCUCGGCAGGCUCAAAGGAGUCGGCUGAUGCGCGGGAUACUCAAUCUGCUGGUUUGGGGAUCGGCGAAGCAAUUACAGGGGUUUCAGCCACCCCGCCUAUUGCCGAAACGGACUUGGAGCCCAUUUUGCCAGUCGAGGAGGAAGCUGAGAGACGUCCACGAACAGCCCGUCCUAAUUCCCUUCAGAACCUCGCCGCGCAGGACGCCAGCCUUCCAAGCCCCUCCCUUUCCCCGAUCACCGCGGCCGCUAACCUGGCCCAUCAUGCAAACUUCCCAGGCUUACACGGAGCUGAAGACGAUGACGACGAGAACGAUGUCUCGAGCUUGGACAUCGAACGGGAGAAAGGAGAAGAGAAGCUGGACCCGAAGAGCCUCGAGCUUGACUUGAAGCGUCAGGUGUCAGCCGAAUCUGCAUAUGCUCUCAAAUGCGAGGACAGCGACCAGGAGGUUGCUGGACCGACAAUUAUGGACAUCCCGACCAUGGUUGACGCCUUCGAUGCCAUGCCCGACGACCUAAAGACGUACGUCAUGUACCAAUUCCUUCGGCGUUGCGCCAAGCCGACCCUACAUUUUGUCGCCAAUACCGUCAACCCCGCCUUGAAGAUCGACUUCCUUGGUCUUCUUCCUUUGGAGCUGAGUUUGAACAUUAUUUCGCAUCUUGAUGCGCAAAGCAUGUGCAGGGCAGCGCAGGUAUCAAAGAAGUGGCGGCAGGUGAUAAACUCGGACGAGAAAGCGUGGAAAAACUUGCUGGACAAGGAUGGAUACGUGCUUCCAGAGGGCGAGCUUGAGCGGGCUAUAAGAGAGGGCUGGGGUUGGCAGUUUGGGCAAGAUAGCUGGGAACGGGAUCUCAGUACUUCGUCGAUGCUGGGGGCUGUAUCGGACAGCGAGACCUCUGCACUGUCAUCGCCUCAGAAUGCUCUAAUAGUUGCCGGCAGCACGCGUCCAAAGCGCAAAGCGUCGAGCAAAUACGCCACCAGCAACAAGAAGCGCCGCACGAAAGGCCCAAGUGCGUCGCCGUCCAAGCCUCAGCCUCAGGCCUCGGGUGUGCUGUCGUCAUUCGCCUCCGCACAUGGACCGAUCGCUUACGCGAAUGCUGCUGCCUUGGCUGUCCCGAACCCCACCAUCGGCAUAUCUACCCUGAGAAACCUUCACUUGUUCAAGUCUCUUUACCAACGACACCACCUUAUUCGAAAAAGCUGGAUGGAUAUCGACACGAAGCCCAAGCACAUCGCUUUCCGCGCUCAUCAGCGGCAUGUAGUUACAUGCCUGCAGUUCGACACGGACAAGAUUCUUACCGGGAGUGACGACACAAACAUCAACGUUUACGACACGAAGACCGGUGCACUCAGGAACCGACUCAGCGGGCAUGAGGGGGGCGUUUGGGCUCUCCAAUACUGGGGGAACGUCCUGGUAUCGGGCUCCACGGAUCGAUCAGUGCGCGUGUGGGACAUCGAAAAGGGCAAGUGUUUGCAGGUAUUCCAAGGCCACACUUCAACCGUCCGCUGCUUGGUGAUCCUCCAGCCGACCGAGAUUGGCAAAGAUGGGGAAGGAAAGCCUAUCAUGAUGCCCGAACGCCCGCUCAUCAUCACCGGCUCUCGUGAUUCCAGCCUGCGCGUUUGGAAAUUGCCAAACAUCGACGAUCCUUCCAUUUUCCAGACGGGUGCACCGACCAACGAUCGUGAGAACCCAUACUUCAUCCGCGCUCUUACCGGACAUCACCACUCGGUUCGCGCCAUUGCUGCCCACGGUGAUACUCUGGUCAGCGGUUCGUACGACACGAGCGUGCGGGUCUGGAAGAUAUCCACAGGCGAGGUUUUGCAUCGUUUGAAUGGCCACACCUCAAAGGUUUACAGCGUUGUUUUGGACCACGCCCGCAACCGAUGCAUCUCUGGUUCCAUGGAUAACCUUGUCAAGGUGUGGUCUCUCGACACGGGCGCGUGCCUUUUCAACCUCGAAGGCCAUACCUCGCUCGUGGGAUUGCUUGAUCUCUCGCACGAGCGGUUGGUCUCGGCUGCUGCUGACUCUACGCUUCGCAUCUGGGAUCCUGAAAAUGGCCAGUGUAAAGCGACGUUGACGGCACACACGGGCGCAAUCACUUGCUUCCAGCACGACGGCCAGAAAGUCAUCAGUGGCAGCGACCGUACUCUGAAGAUGUGGAACGUCAAGACGGGCGAUUGUGUCAAAGACCUUUUAACGGACCUGAGCGGCGUUUGGCAAGUCAAGUUCAACGAGAGGAGAUGUGUCGCAGCUGUUCAGAGAAACAGUUGGACAUAUAUUGAGGUGUUGGACUUUGGUGCCUCUCGUGAUGGUGCGCCUGAAGAUCAGCGCGGUCGCCGCAUCGUUGUCGACAGUCGAGGCAACGAGAUCCAAGACGUGGAUGAGUCCGUCGAACUUACCGAGGCUCAAGCAUGA